CUAACCUAACCUGUUCAAUCUAACCUUUUCGUCGAGAUCUCUUGUAUUAAAUAACCAAAUAAAGGUUAAGUCGAAGGCAUCUUCUGCCCGUGGAAAAUUUUCAAGAAAAAGCUGUUCGUUAAUAACAGAAUAAUAAACAGAAUGUAUCAUUGAAGUUUCGCUCGCGUGAAGCACGUGAAUAUAUUGUCACGAUAUGUCUGUUAAGCUUUUUCGUUGUCUCGCCAGCAAUCUUUUAAUUCCGAGGAGUCAGCAUGUCCGUCACGCACAUCGAUUGCGUGGAAAACCACCUACGAUCGCGCGUAGCCUGAAGCAGCGGCUUGAACAGCUCAACUGGAAGGAUCCAACGUUGAACUUCAGAGUCAACAUCGGCUACGCGAUCAAAAUCAACAAGCGCUCGAUAACAAAUGCCUGGACAAAGGAGAUCAUAGCACGUAGGAACGACGCCGAACUGGAGAAAGCGGCGCGCACUAAGAAACUACUGGUGGACCUGCAGACAGUGAAAGAAGACUGGCUGCGAAUCGAUGGAUCAUCUCAUAUUCACAGAUUGGCGGAUCAUUACGGUAUCUACAAUGACUUGUACGGAGACGCCUACUUUAUGCCGAUAGUUCCGCUGGACGUGAGCUAUAAGCUAGAGGAUGACAAAUGGGUCAAGGUUUACACCGGCAACGUGAUCAAGCCGAGCGAAGCUUCUAAGGCACCCAAUGUGACAUAUAAUUCUGAGGAUGAAUCAUUGUGGACCCUGAUAAUGACCACGCCGGAUGGUAAUUUGACUAGUACGAAGAAUGAAUAUUGCCAUUGGUUUAUUGGCAACAUUCCUGGCAAUCGUUUGAAGGAGGGAGAAGAAUUGGUGAAUUAUUUGCAGCCAAUAGCACCAUAUGGCAUUGGGUAUUGCAGAUAUAUCUUUGUACUUUACAAACAGGAGGGUCGCAUUGAUUUUUCAGAAUAUAAGAGAACUAAUCCCUGUCUGAGUCUUCAGGAGCGUGACUGGCGAACAUUAGAUUUUUACAGGAAAUAUCAAGAUCAAUUGACACCUGCCGGCUUGGCAUUCUUCCAGUCGGAUUGGGACUCCUCGCUCAAGGAAUUUUAUCACAACACACUGAAUAUGAGAGUGCCGGUUUUGCGGUAUGACUUCCCUAAGCCAUAUAUAAAGAAACAAGUAUGGUUCCCAAUAAAAGAACCCUUCAACAUCUAUCUGGACAAAUAUCGCGAUCCCAAGCAGAUCAACAAGGAGUUCCUGUUAAGGAAAUUGAAGAAAGUUCAUCCAUUCAAUGGUCCAGAGCCACCAAAGAAGUUCCCGCUCGGCCAUAGAGAAUCUUAUUAUGUACCUUCUUGGUUGAAAUUCGAGAUAAUCAAGAAGAGGCUGGGAUACGGUCGCGUUAACAAACUCGAUGAAUACUAAAUUGAUUUCUAUUGAUAAUGCAGCAUAUUGUACAAUAAAUAGAAACUGUUUUCAAUCA